CGCCGGCCGGGGCGUCUCCCCGAGAGCUAGCUGUGUGUGCCUGAGCCGCCGAUGGGGGAGGUGGUGCCGGGCCCCGCGGGCCCGCUGGAGCCCCCGGAGCCGCCCGGUGCGCCCGCGAGCCGUCGUCCGGGCGGGUAUUCGGGUCCUGAAGAGAAAUAUGAAACGCAAUGGGAGUAGGAGUUGUUUGAAUCGGAGAAGUAGGUUUGGUUCUCGAGAAAGAGACUGGCUGAAAGAAGAUGUGAAGAGAGGUUGCGUUUACCUUUAUGGAGCAGAGACAACCACUGCCACUACAACUUCCACCUCCACCGACUUGCAUCUUGUCCUGUGCACAGUAGAGACCCCAGCAUCAGAGAUCUGUUCUGGAGAGGGAAAGGAGAGUAUUUAUUUACAGCUUCAUGGAGAUUUGGUCAGAAGACUGGACCCCACGGAACGGCCUCUUCAGAUCGUCUAUGAUUACUUGUCCAGGCUGGGCUUUGAGGACCCUGUGCGCAUACAGGAGGAGGCGACAAAUCCUGACCUGGGCUGUAUGCUCCGCUUCUAUGGUGAAAAACCAUGCCAGAUGGAUCACCUAGAUCGAAUCCUUUUGUCUGGCAUUUGUAAUGUACGCAAGGGAAAGACUCAGCUCCAUAAGUGGGCGGAACGCCUGGUUGUUCUCUGCGGCACCUGUCUCAUCGUUUCCUCAGUGAAAGAUUGUCAAACUGGAAAGAUGCACAUUUUGCCUCUGGUUGGGGGGAAGGUAGAAGAAGUGAAGAGAAGACAGUACUCAUUGGCGUUCAGCUCAGCGGGAGCCCAAGCCCAGACCUAUCAUGUCAGCUUUGAGACUUUGGCUGAAUACCAGCGGUGGCAGCGGCAGGCAUCUAAGGUAGUGUCCCAGCGGAUCAGUACUGUGGAUCUCUCCUGUUAUAGCCUCGAGGAAGUUCCUGAGCAUCUCUUCUAUAGUCAAGAUAUCACCUACCUCAACUUGCGACACAACUUCAUGCAAUUAGAAAGACCAGGUGGUCUUCAUGCUCUUUACAAGUUUUCUCAGCUGAAGGGCCUGAAUUUGUCCCACAAUAAACUUGGAGUGUUCCCUGUGUUGUUAUGUGAGAUUUCUACCUUGACUGAGCUCAACCUUUCCUGUAAUGGCCUCCAUAACCUGCCGAGUCAGAUUGGCAAUCUACUAAAUCUUCAAACCCUCUGUCUUGAUGGCAACUUUCUGACUACUUUACCUGAAGAACUGGGAAAUUUGCCACAGCUUUCUUCUCUGGGAAUUUCCUUCAACAACUUUAGUCAAAUUCCUGAAAUUUAUGAGAAACUCACUACGGUAGAUAAAGUGGUUAUGGCAGGAAAUCGAUUGGAAGUCCUAAACUUAGGAGUGCUAAACAGGAUGAGCCAUAUCAAACAUGUAGAUUUAAGGAUGAACCAUUUGAAAACCAUAGUUGUGGAGAAUCUGGAGGCAAAUAAAUACAUCACCCACAUGGAUUUGCGAGACAAUCAAUUGACUGACUUAGAUCUCAGCUCCCUGUGUAACUUGGAGCAGCUGCAUUGUGAGCGGAACCAGCUGAGGGAACUGACACUGAGUGGCUUCUCCCUUAGAACACUCUACGCUGGUUCGAACAGACUGACAGCAGUGAGUGUCUAUCCGGUACCAAGUCUGCUCGCUUCCCUAGAACUGUCCCGAAACCUGCUGGAAUGUGUCCCUGACUGGGCCUGUGAAGCAAAGAAGAUAGAGAUACUAGAUAUGAGCUAUAAUCUUCUGACAGAGGUUCCUAUGAGAAUUCUAAGUAGCUUGAGUCUCAGGAAACUGAUGUUGGGACACAAUCACGUGCAAACACUUCCAACACUGGUGGAGCACAUCCCUCUGGAGGUGUUGGAUGUUCAGCACAACUUACUUACCAGGCUGCCAGAAACCCUCUUUUCCAAGGCCUUAAACCUCAGGUAUUUGAACGCCUCUGCUAAUAGUCUGGAGUCUUUGCCAUCUGCCAGUGUUGGGGAGGAGAGUCUGAGCGCACUGCAGCUGCUAUAUCUGACCAACAAUCUCCUGACGGAUCAGUGUGUGCCUGUGCUGGUGGGUCACCCACACCUGCGGGUCUUGCAUCUGGCCAACAACCAACUACAGACGUUCCCUGCAAGCAAGCUGAAUAAAUUGGAACAGCUGGAAGAACUGAACCUGAGUGGCAACAAACUCAAAACCAUUCCCACAACCAUAGCGAACUGCAAGAGGCUGCACACUCUGGUUGCACAUUCCAACAACAUCAGCAUUUUCCCUGAAAUCCUACAGCUGCCUCAGAUCCAGUGUGUAGACCUAAGUUGCAAUGAUUUGACAGAAAUCUUGAUUCCAGAAGCUCUCCCUGCUUCUUUACAAGACCUUGACUUGACUGGAAAUACAAAUCUGGUUCUGGAACACAAGACACUGGACACAUUUAGCCAUAUCACAACCCUGAAAAUUGAUCAGAAACCUUUGCCAAGUACUGAGUCUACAGUGACAUCAUCCUUCUGGAACCACGGCCUGGCUGAGAUGGCCGGGCAGAGAAAUAAACUGUGUGUGUCCACUCUGGCUGUAGAUAACUUUGCUGAGGGUGUGGGAGCUGUGUAUGGCAUGUUUGAUGGGGAUCGGAAUGAGGAGCUGCCCCGCCUGCUGCAAUGCACCAUGGCAGACGUGCUCUUGGAAGAGCUUCAGCAGUCAGCACAUGACACUGUCUUCAUGGCCAACACCUUUGUGGUGUCUCACAGGAAGUUAGGAAUGGCUGGCCAGAAGCUGGGCUCCUCUGCUCUCCUCUGUUACCUCCGCCCCGAUGCUGCUGAUCCAACAAGUAGCUUUAGCCUAACUGUAGCCAACGUAGGCACAUGCCAAGCAGUGCUAUGCCGAGGUGGGAAACCACUGCCCCUCUCCAAAGUCUUCAGCCUGGAACAAGAGCUGGAGGAGGCACAGAGGGUGAAGGACCAGAAAGCCAUCAUCACUGAGGACAACAAGGUGAAUGGGGUAACCUGCUGUACCCGGCUGCUGGGCUGCACAUACCUCUACCCCUGGAUCCUCCCCAGGCCCCAUAUAGCUUCAGUUCCACUGACUAUUCACGAUGAGCUGCUGAUUCUGGGGAACAAAGCCUUGUGGGAACACUUGUCGUACACAGAAGCCGUCAAUGCUGUGCACCGCGGGGAGGACCCAUUAGCGGCCGCCAAGAAGCUGUGCACACUGGCCCAGAGCUAUGGCUGUCGGGACAAUGUGGGCGCCGUAGUGGUGUACUUGAACACAGGUGAGGAAGGCUGCACCUGUGAGAUGAGCGGGCUUGCCUUCCCUGGUCCCACAGGCUUUGCUCCCACCAUUGCCAAGGACACUCCCAAGCCAACCACACCUUCCUCCAGCAGUGGCAUCGCCUCCGAGUUCAGCAGCGAGAUGUCCACGUCGGAGGUGAGCAGCGAGGUGGGCUCCACCGCUUCUGACGAGCAUAGCACGGGGGUACUGGAGGCCGGCUUGCUCCCCCGGCCAGAGCGGCGGUGUAGUCUUCACCCCGUGCCCUCAGUGGGCGGCUUCCAGCGCCAACCUUCCUGUGCCACCUUCUCCAGUAACCAGUCAGACAAUGGCCUGGACAGUGACGAUGAGCGGCCUGUGGAAGGGGUGAUCACCAAUGGCAGCAAGGUGGAGGUGGAGGUGGACAUCCACUGCUGCCGGGCCCGGGCACCUCAGGGCUCCCCUCCGCUCUCACUCUCGGGCCCGGAGGCCCCGGCAAGAGGGCUGCUGUGGGGGAUCCGAAGGCAGAACAGCGUCAACAGUGGCAUGCUGGGGCCAGGGAGCAGGGACCGGCUAGAGCUGCAGAAAUCACCCUCCACAUCCUGUCUUUAUGGCAAGAAACUUUCCAAUGGCUCCGUGGUACCCCUGGAAGAUAGCCUGAACCUCAUCGAGGUGGCCACAGAAGUGCCCAAGAGGAAAACAGGUUAUUUUGCUGCCCCAACUCAGCUGGAGCCAGAGGAUCAGUUUGUGGUCCCUCGAGACCUGGAAGACGAAGUGAAGGAGCAAAUGAAGCACCACCAGGGAAGCCGGCCUGAGCCUGAGCCCAGCGAAGAGGAUCGGACCGAGCUCCCGGAGGAGUUUGAUACGGCUCUGUGAUUGUGGUGGGGGCCACCACCUGGGCCGGGUACAGAGCUGGGGGUGAGGCAAUAGCUCAAAGCCUAGAAUGGGCCUUGCCUGAUAAGCUAGAAAACAGUGUUAAGUAUCCCAUGUGCCCUGCCUGGGAAUGCCUGGUGUUUCCGGAAAGGAAGCAAAGUGGAGGUUGCUCUGUAUCCAUCCUACCACCUGCCAUUAACCCUUUCUCUCCUAGGAUAAUUUCGAGAAUUUGCCUGCCUGGGCAGGAAAGGGACUAUUUCUGUGGAGGAGGUUGUAACUGGAGAUUGAUUCCCUUUAAGAAUUGCUGCUGACGGGUCUCCGUGACAGAGAAAUCACCUUAGAUCUCAGCCUAAUGGAUGGGAUGGGAUGGGAUGGGACGGGACAAGUCCCAUGGCGUUUCAUUCUUCUCUACGAGAAUACAGCCUAUCACAGUGACGUUUACUGGAAAUGUAGAACCAAUCAAACAGCUAAUUUAUGUAAUGUAAUGAGAGCACUUUUCAUUGACUAUAAACUCUGUAUUUUUGAA